AACAGUUUGACAGCAUGGCAGCUCCGAAGCCUGCUAGUUCUUCCGCAAAGAGUAAACCUCAAACUUUGGAACCUUCGGAUUAUACUUUGGACACGGAAUUUGCCUAUUACUGCGCAUUGCUGCAAGAAUUAAUACCGGCCAUUCGAAACCCGGCACAUCAGGAGCUAGCAAAUAAAUGGCUCACAAAACUAUCGGAACCAUAUUUAAAUGUAAAAACCCUCCGAGAUAAACGUAACCGGUUUCUGGUUAUGUUGUGUAUCUGUUCGUUCACUGGUUACAUUCAAAUGCCGUUUGGUCAACAACCGCCGAAUAAACUUCCGGAAAUUUCCUCAAUUAAGAAGCCAAAAUUUGAUCCACCUGCUUGGCAUGUGACCACAACUGAAUGGAAGGAACACCUUGCGCUGAUGUCAGAACUGUGGAAAAAACUAAAGAUACCGCCACUUCGAAAGUGCCAGAGUCACGCCAAGCAGUGUAGUGGAGGAAAAGACGCACGCGGAACUUUUCUCGAUCGUCAGUUUGAAUUUUUCCUCUAUCUGGCACGAACUUAUCUUCAAUCGAUGAAUGCAUAUCCGAAAUUACGCGUCGCCUGUCGAUGGAUAGAAGCGUUAUCUCAAAUCGACCAUAACUGCUGUAUCCGUGCCAAAGGAAUCCGGAACGAUUAUGCCCUGGCGCUGGUUGGUUAUCUUCUUCAGCACCAAAUGGUCGGACCGUUCAGGACAUUACCCAUCCACCCGCUGGAACCGUUGAUGGAUGCUGCGAGGAAGGUGGCAGAUAAUAAGCCACUAAUGCGGAUCGACGAGUUUGGAUUCAACGAGAAGGGAGGUUUACUGAGCCACUAUCCCCUGCCCGAAGAGGGUGCUUUUGCAUUCAUUUCACUCAGUUCGGCAUUAAUGCAAAAGUUGGGCACCUUGACUCCGUCCUGAUUUCGGAUAUCAUCUAAUUAUUGUCAAAGAAAUCUCAUGAGUUGCACUGUUUAUUAAAUUGAGGACAUGAUCUUUCUCAACUUCUUUGUUCAAAAUUUAGUCGGCACGAUAAAUGAA